AUGUUAAUACCAACAUGUUUAAUAAAAUUCCUAGAAUUGUCUCUCACUAUAGCCUGUCUAACAUUACAUCACUACAGUUAUGACCUUACGGACAUACCUACACUAAUGCUCUGCUCUGGAACCUACGUCGGCUACGUUGUAGUGCUCUCAGGGGAAAUUGUAGGAGAAAUCCUCUUAGCACCUUUGGACUUAGUACAAGAUAUGUACUUCUGUAUGGUUGGCGUGGGUCUCUUUGGCGUGAGUGGAGGGCUCGUAUUGUCGGCCAGGACAAAGGGAUCCCCUUACCCGAGAACAGGAGAUCACAACGCGGCUCUCAUAGCUGGUGAAGCCGUAUCAGCAACUGCAGAUGCGUAUAUCGACGCCUGGUGGUCGGCAAUCGGCGGCGUACUAUUUGGAGCAUGUGGCGCCCUCACACUGCAUGGUUGGCGCGAUGUACCCUUCUGUCAGAGAAAGAACUAUGCUCAAACUUACGCUGUGUGUUCGUUGGCCGUCGCUGCUUUGAUGACCAUAGAUGCCUUAAUUGCGCUCUGCUCUGCCCAAAAAGAUGAUGUAAGCACUCGUUCUAAGUCUACUCGACGUGCCGCGUGA